AUGUUUCUACUGUAUAAAGGGACGAACCGCGUCAAGAAGCACAAUAAAAAACAGUGGGAUGAUGAGAGAGAAGAAAUGGAAGCCAAAAUCAACGAGUUGGGAAAAAACAACGAGUAUACCAACAGAUUCGACGCUCUAAGCAAGCAGAUCAUUGAGAAAGACAACGACGUGAACGAGCUCGGCGAAUACCAAGGCGAUACUCAUCGGAGAACGAGAUGA